AUGUUUGGGAUUUGGAUCCUUGCAGCACUUCUGCUCAGCAUAGCAGAAGGUGAAGAAGUUUGCUACGACAGACUCGGCUGUUUCUCAGACGAUGUACCAUGGUCUGGGACUAUAGAAAGACCAAUCUAUAAGUUACCUUGGAGUCCAGAAAAGAUAGAUGUUCAAUUCCUCCUGUACACAAGAGAAAAUCCUGUUGUCUUUCAAGAGAUCUCUGCAACUGAUAACUCAACGAUUACUUACUCCAAUUUUAAAACAAGUAGGAAAACCAGAUUCAUCAUACAUGGAUUUACAGAUAAUGGAGAGGAAAACUGGCUGUCAGAACUGUGUGAUAGGAUGCUUAGUGUGGAAGAUGUGAACUGUAUCUGUGUAAACUGGAAAAAAGGUGCAAGAUGUCAGUACUCCCAGGCAUCAAACAAUAUCCGAGUUGUGGGCGCUGAAGUAGCUUAUUUGGUAAAUGUUCUUCAGACACAAUACAAAUACUCCCCAGCUGAUGUUCACAUCAUUGGCCACAGCCUUGGAGCACAUGCAGCAGGUGAGGCUGGCAAGAGGCACCCAGGCAUCGGAAGAAUAACUGGACUGGACCCCGCUCAACCUUAUUUCCAGGACACUCCAAUUGAAGUCAGACUGGAUAAAUCUGAUGCAGAGUUUGUUGAUGUUAUCCAUACAGAUUCAGCUCCCAUGAUUCCCUACUUAGGGUUUGGCAUGAGCACACCCGUAGGUCAUCUCGACUUUUAUCCAAACGGAGGAAAGGAAAUGCCAGGCUGUGGGAAGAAUGCGAUUUCACAGAUUGUAGACCUGGAUGGCAUCUGGGAAGGAACUCGGGACUUUGUGGCUUGCAAUCAUUUGAGGAGUUACAAAUAUUACUCUGACAGUAUUAUCUACCCUACUGGAUUUCUAGGCUACAUUUCUACUUCAUAUGACACUUUUGAAGAAGGCAGUGGCUUCCCGUGCCCAGCAGAGGGAUGCCCAAAUAUGGGCCACUAUGCAGAUAAAUUCAAAGGGAAAAUUACAAAUGAUAUAACAAAGCUUUACCUGAAUACUGGAGAGGCCAGGGAUUUUGCUCUUUGGAGGUACAAAGUAACCGUGACCCUCUCUGGAAAGAGAAAGGUACGAGGAUAUGUAAACGUUGCCCUGUAUGGGAGUGAAGGGAACACAAGACAGCAUCAGAUCACUGAGGGAACCCUCCAGCCAGACAACACUUACACAAGCUUCCUUGAUGCAGAAGUUGACAUUGGAACACUUACAAAGGUUAAAUUUCUUUGGAACAACAAUUGGAUAAAUCCAACUCUUCCUAAACUAGGAGCUGCAGUAAUCACAGUACAACCUGGAGAAAAUGGACAAGUAUACCGUUUCUGUGGUUCUGAGACGGUGAGGGAGGAGGUUCUGCAAACUCUUACUGCUUGCUGA